UGCCCCCGCCUGGACGGCGGCGGCGGCGGCGGGAGGAGCCGGCAGGCGGCGGCGCGAUGGGGCCCCUCCGGGAGACCAAGAAGGAGCAGAGAGUGCAGCAUCAUGAGAAGGAGAUUUCCCGAAGCCGAAUUCCCCGAUUGAUUCUUCGGCCCCAUCUGCCCCAGCAACAGCACAAAGUGUCCCCAUCCUCUGAGUCUCCUUUCUCUGAGGAAGAGAGCAGAGAGUUCAACCCCAGCAGCUCUGGGCGCUCAGCAAGGACCGUUAGCAGCAACAGCUUCUGCUCAGAUGACACAGGCUGUCCUAGUAGCCAGUCGGUAUCUCCCGUGAAGACACCCUCAGAUGCUGGAAACAGCCCUAUUGGCUUUUGUCCUGGAAGUGAUGAAGAUUUUACCAGAAAGAAAUGCACAAUUGGAAUGGUUGGUGAGGGAAACAUCCAAUCAGCUCGCUACAAGAAGGAAUCGAAGUCAGGCCUUAUAAAGCCAGGUAGUGAAGCUGAUUUCAGCUCCUCAAGCAGCACGGGCAGCAUUUCCGCUCCUGAAGUUCACAUGUCUACUGCAGGAAGCAAGCGGUCUUCGUUUUCACGCAAUCGAGGCCCCCAUGGGCGCAGUAAUGGAGCUUCAUCAUUCAAGUCUGGCAGCAGCCCACCAUCCCCGCGGGAAAAGGACCUCCUCUCCAUGCUCUGCCGGAAUCAGCUGAGCCCUGUCAACAUCCAUCCCAGCUAUGCACCCUCUUCCCCUAGCAGUAGCAACUCGGGCUCCUACAAAGGAAGUGACUGCAGCCCGAUCAUGAGGCGGUCUGGACGGUACAUGUCUUGUGGAGAAAAUCAUGGUGUCAAACCACCAAAUCCAGAGCAGUAUUUGACUCCAUUGCAACAGAAAGAGGUUACAGUGAGACACCUGAAGACCAAGCUGAAGGAAUCCGAGCGCCGACUUCAUGAAAGGGAAACUGAAAUUGUGGAGCUGAAGUCCCAGCUAGCCCGAAUGCGAGAAGACUGGAUUGAAGAAGAGUGCCACCGGGUAGAAGCCCAGCUAGCACUCAAGGAAGCCAAGAAAGAGAUUAAACAGCUCAAACAAGUCAUUGAAACUAUGAGAAGCAACUUGGCUGAUAAAGACAAAGGCAUUCAGAAAUACUUUGUGGACAUAAACAUCCAAAACAAGAAGUUGGAGUCUCUCCUUCAGAGCAUGGAGAUGGCACACAAUGGCUCUCUGAGGGAUGAACUGUGUCUAGACUUCUGUGAUUCCCCAGAGAAAAGUUUAACCUUAAACACCUCUUUCGGCAAGAUGGCAGAUGGGUUGUCUCUGGAAGAGGAGGUCACGGAGGAGGGGGCUGACAGCGAGCUGCUGGUGGGAGAUAGCAUGGCCGACGGCACAGAUAUGUUUGAUGAGAUGGUGACAGCUACCACCACAGAAUCUGGUGACCUGGAGUUUGUUCAUUCCACCCCUGGGGUAAAAGUCCUUGAGAUGUUCCCCAUGGCAGCAGGUCAGGAGGAAGGCAGUGUGGUGGUAGAGCAAGCCGUCCAGACCGAUGUGGUGCCAUAUAGCCCUGCAGUCUCAGAGCUCGUCCAGAGUAUGCUCAAGCUCCAAGACCCCUGUUCCUCGAGCUCAGCAUCCCCUGAUGAUUCUGGGGCUGACUCAACAGAGAGCUUCCCAGAAUCCAUCUCUGCCUUAGUGGUUGAUUUAACACCGAGAAAUCCAAACUCUGCCAUCCUUUUGUCUCCCGUGGAGACCCCAUGCACCAAGGUGGAUAUGGAAGUUCAUGCAAACCGCCUCAUGAGAGAGCUGGAUUUUGCGGCCUACACAGAAGAAAGGUUGGAUGGUAUCAUCCCGCUGUCUCGGGGAGCCGUCGUGAGGCAGUACUGGAGCAGCAGUUUCUUGGUGGAUCUCCUGGCUGUGGCUGCCCCGGUGGUCCCCACUGUUCUGUGGGCAUUCAGUACUCAGAGAGGGGGAAUAGAUCCUGUCUACAACAUUGGAGCCUUGCUCCGGGGCUGCUGUGUGGUCGCCCUGCAUUCACUCCGUCGUACCGCCUUCCAUAUGAAAACUUAAAUAGAAGUGAUUGCUGUGUGCCAAUGUGUCCCAUGUGGCAUAGUACCAGGUGGAGAAACAGCAGGUCGAUCUGUGGUGGUCUCUAUUCUGUCGUUUUGCUCCUUGGUAUUUGAUUUGCACUAUGUUUAGUUGACGCCUGUUCACUGUUUAAAACCGGAGGCAUCUUCAAAGGCAUGGAGACCUGGUUCCAGUAAAUGUCACCGGUGUGGUAUAGAAAGCAUGCUCCUGACCCUGCUGUGUCGUCUGAGGUACCUGUUCUUAUCCUAGUGGU